AUGACCGCUGCUGAAAUAGAAGCUUCCGCUAAUGGUAGUGGUGAUGAGGGAGAUUCGCCUCUAGAAAUUCUUCACGCCAGGCAUCGACAGGAGAAGAAAGAUCUGAAGGAAACUAUUCAAAAUCUACGCAAGAAAGCGAAAGGCGGCAACAAAAAGCAGCAGAAAGAAGCUAAUGAACAGGCCGAUUCGAUGGAAAAGGCGAUGAAGGAACGCCAUGAGAAAGAGGUUAAUGAACUGAAAAUGAGCGAACUUACGGUGGGUGAUAAGACGGAGGAGGCAUCCCCAUCAGCGAAAGCAGCCGACGAUGAGGUGGCUGGCGAGGAAGGCCCGAAGUUUUAUCGUGAAGCAAAUAAGAAAUCAAAGGCAAUGCUUCGUCGCGAAAAGAAAGAUGAAGAUGCCCGCCGUGCCACCGCCGCCGCCAAGGAGGACGAGGAAAACGCCAAAAAUACGCUGAAGACGAAGGAAUGGGAGUCCAUGCACAGAAUUCUAGCGGAAAAGAACCUGGCUUCCGUCCAAAUCCCCUCCGAUGGCGAUUGUCUCUUCGGGGCGCUGGCCGAUCAACUUUCAAGAAAUGGGAAACAAGGUCUUACCGGGAAAGCGCUACGAAAGCAGGCGGCCGAAUAUUUGCGCAAGCACGAGUCGGAUUUUAUUUUCUUCUUGGAUGAGGAAGAAUUGGGCAACGGAAAGACGUACGCGCAGUACUGUGAUCGAGUGGAGAAGGACAGCAGCCUCUGGGGCGGCGAGGUCGAGAUCAACGCGCUCGCCCAGGCGAUACCGUUGGAGAUUGAGGUCCUCCACGCCGACGGGCAAGUGCUCAAGUUCGGAGAGGGCUCUUCCGACAAGCCGGCCAUCAUCACCUACCAUCGCCACGCAAUCUCCCUCGGCGCCCACUAUAAUUCGACAAUGUCCGUGAAA